UGAGAACAAAAGUAAAUGAGAGAAAUCUCUAAAUUCCGUCGUGCAGCGCCAUUAAAGCGCGUAAAAAAUAACUAAAAACUACGAUUAUUAGUGAUUUUUUAAUAAAACAAAACAUUAAAAAUGUACAAUUAAACAAUAAACUUCCAAACUAAUAUGAAUUUCAUAAGAAAACGACAAAAUCUAUAAGAAAAAAACGAAAUUGAAUAUAUAAAACGGGUCGUCGGCUGCAAAACACGACAAAUAAAAAAAAUAGAAAGAAAAAAAAAACUCAAACGAAUGUACGUUGUCGUUUUCGGAUGGCUGCUGCUGGUCUUUUUUAAAUAAGUAGUUGCCACAGGAGGUGGCAAGAAGAGUGUUGAGUGUGUGUGAAGAAAGAAAAAAAUUAUUUAAAAAUAUAAAAUUGUAAAGUAUUUUUAAGUGAAGAAAAAAAACGGGGAAAGAAGUAAAAGCAAAUGAGAAAAUUGCAUAAAUUGAAAAUUUUUUGAAAUUCAAAUAUACAAAAAAAGUACGUAUCGGUUGAAAAUAGAAAUAGAAUGCUAAUGGUGUAAAUGUGUUGGGAAAAAUUGCGGAUAAAACGAAGAAGUGAAAGAAAAAAAUGUUAACGAAAAUUGAAAAUCAUUGAUUGUUUUUUUUUUCUUAUUAAUAAUGUGUAUACCUAAGAAAUAUACAAUUAUUUCGAAAAAAAUGUUUAACUAAAUUUUAAAGAAUAUUUGUAUAAAAAAAUAAAUUAAUUUAUACGUUUUUAAGUGAAAAAGAUACGUAAGAAAAUAACAGCUAAAAGAGAAAAUUUAAGAUAAAUGUAUAAGAAAAACACAUAAUUCAUAAGAAAAGUCAAUAAUAAGAAAAAUUAUAUUAAAAUCUACCCAAAAAAAAAGAAAGAGAAUAGCUAAAGCAACAACAAGAAAAAGCAAAAAAGAAAUAUAUAUUAAAAAAAGAAAUAUCUAUUGAAAAGAGAACAGAGAAUAACGUAAACGUUUUCUCAUUUAAGCAGAGCUGUCAGUUUAAUACAUAACCUCAAUACAAUACCAACAGUACGUUUACGUUUACUACUACCACGGUAUUAAUAAACAGCUAGGUAUAUAAAUACAUAUGUAUGUAUGUACUACACACGUAUGUACUAAAAAAACAACAACAAAAUAUGUGUGUAAAAGAGCGCGCUUAAUUGUACAUUAUUUACGCUGUUAACGUUUUAUGACGUCAACGUCGACUUCAACGUUAACAUUUAAUCAUUCUUUUUUUGCUGUUUUUAAUUAAAAACAAAAAUUUCAAAGUGAAAUAACAAAAAUAUACAUUUAAAUACGAAAAGAAACAAAUCAAACAAAAAAAAAUUCAAGUAAAAUAAAUUAAAGAAGAAUAUAUAAAAAGCAAAUAGUGGAAAUUACUAAAAAAACGCAAAUGGCUGGCUGACUGUCAAAAGCAGCAAAGCGAGCGAGUGUUUGUGUAAAGAGAGAAAAAAAAAGCAAAAUUUGUUAUUGUGCAGAGAUGUAUAUGUCUUCUUUUAUAAAAUAAAAAGAAAUAUAAACAUAAUAAAUUUACAACCAAACAAACAUACGUACAUUAAACUAACAACUAUUAAUAAAUAACAAAUAAUAAACAGCAACAACAACAACAAUAACAAUAAGAAAGCAAAUAGAGAAAAGCAAAAGAAAUUAAACGAAAUUAAGCCAAAUGCAGAAUAAGAAAAAGAAAUCAACAGAGCAACAAAAUGGAUACAAAAACUACACAAUUGGAUUUUAAAAUACUGGUGGAUCAAACAUUAAAUUGUCUAGAAAAGUUUGAUGCCGUAUCACGUUGCGAUGCUUUACACUAUUUGCUAAGGAAUCUCAAAUAUAAAUAUCCCGAAGCGUGUGAACAAGUCAUACCUAAUAUAUUUCCACAAACAGCAGCACUUACGGACAACAAAAAACAUUUACAAUUGCUGUUAGCACCCAAAAAAGAGGAGGAAUGUAUUAAGAAUGAAGAUGAAAAUGCUUCGACUGAUUUGAAUCAGAAUUUCGAGAAAAUCCUCUGUAAAGAGGAGUUUAUGUGCCUGGAUGAAGACGAUAAUGCAUAUGCGGAUGAUGCUGAUAAUGAGAAUUCAUCGUCGUUGAGUAAACGUGUACGUUAUGCUAAUAGUAAUGUGGCAAGAGGUGCAUUAAGAACAGCAGCGGGAAGUGCGUCGUCUAUAGUACAGCAGACGGUUGGUGAUCCAUUGGAUUUGAUACCCUCAUCGGUGAUACACGCCCGACGUCUUGGUAGAAUAGCAACGGCCGAUGCUGAGGCUGAUGAAAGUAAUAGUUUAGAUGCUAUAGGUUCAGAAAAUUCUCUUAAACGAUCGCGUAGACGUGCUUUUGGUUUUAAUGCGGCGGGACGCAAUACUUUUGGUAAAUUAAAUCCUCAAACGUCACGUUUAUUGUUGGUGGGCGAAAAGCUACAGCGUGUUUCUCGUUUAGGCGAGGGUUAUGUUUUCCAUCCGGAUACUGAGUUUACGGUACGUUUUCACUACAGUUCACAAGAGUUAAGUAUACGAGUGUUCAAAGAACAAUUUCGUUUAUAUUUAAAAUCGGCCUUGAAACGUCACGAUAAAGAAUUCUUAAAAGAAUUCCAACGUGAAUUCGUGUUUAAUGGCCGCUUGUUGGGCACAACGCCACCCAAACAUGUUUUGGAAAAGCUAAGAGCCGAACGUUUAGAAGAAUGGCAGCAACAAAAAUUACGUAAACAACAACUGCAAUUGCAGCAGCAACAAUUACAAUUGCAGCAGCAGCAGCAACAACAACAACAGCAGCAACAUCAUCAAAUGAUGUUGAUGCAACAGAGAAGACGUAUCUUAGCUGGUUCUAUGUCAGCAUCUGGUAAUGCCUAUGAUUCCGAAAUGGAAUUCGAAUUAGAAACUGAAUCUCAAUUGUCCUCAGCAUCGCAAGAGAUUAUGAAAUUUGAAGAAGUUAUUGAUGAGGGCGUGGGCCCUGGUCGGCUAAUUGAUGGUCUGGUAAUGGAACCAGAAAUGGAUGAUGUUAUUGGUGGUGGCAGCGGUGCUAGUGUAAGCGGCAGUAGUAAUAGUUCUGGUGGCAAUGGUCUAGACACCUUGCCCAAUGAUUUAGCUACUAACGAUAGCGCGUCCACAUUUGUUGGAAAUAGUGCAAGCGGACCGGUAGGAGGUCCAACAUUUAAAAAUCAUUUAACGCAACAGCAGCAGCAUGGACCCAACAACACACUUUUAAUGAACGGCCUUACAACAUCAAUUGCCAACAAUGUCAUUGCUAACAACAUUAAUCAGCAACAACAGCAGGAGGCAAAUACACAAAAACAACAGCAACAACAGUUACAGGCUACAACCCAAGGUAAUAAUAGCCUACCGAAUAUGGCUUCCAAGGAGCAACAACUACAUCCACAGCAUCAGCUGCAAUAUCAUCCACAAAUAAUUUCAAAUCAACAACUACAACAACCCCACAAUCAUAAAGUGGGUCUAUUGAAUGACAAACAACAACCGCACCAUGUUAAUAAUCUAAUGAAUAAUAUGGGACAACCGCCAAAUCAACAGCAGCAGCCCCACUUCCAACAUCAGGCUCAACAACAGCAGCAGCAGCAACGUUUUAUGAUGCAGCAGCAACAGCAAAAUCACUAUAAUUCCCAUAUGCCGCAACAGAAUCAUCCGUUAGCCAUGAUAGGCGGCAUGAUGGAAUCGGCCAAUCAACAACAUCAACAGCAAAUGCAUCAACAACGUAUGCAACUAAAUGCUUCCAAUAACAUGAUAAAUAGUAUUGAUAAUAUUCUGGGUGGUGGUGCCGCUGGACCAACAGGCAAUAAACUGACACCCCCACCACCACAUGGUGGUAGUGGGGAAAAUUUGCAAUAUAUGCAACAACAGCAAUUGCCUCCUCAUAUGCAAAAUUUACCACCGCAACAGCAGCAACAUAUUUUAAUGCAACAGCAGCAGCAACAACAGCAAAACCUCUUAGGUGGACCAACCACUCCCACAUCUAGCCUGGGCUUAAUGGCAAAUUCAUCUAGCACUCCUACGGGCAAUUCUUCCGCUAAUGCCUCCUUCGAACACGAUGAUGAAGGUCUCUCCCAUGACGAAGAUGAUGAAGAUCAUGAAAAUGAUACAAAUGAUGGCAUGGAACCCAAACAACAGCUUAUAGAUGGUGGUAGUAGUAGCAGUACUUCAUUACAGGCUCCCUCUGGUGCUGGCAACGCCAGUACGCCUGGUACGAAAAAAGAAAAACCCAGUUAUAAUUGCCUAUUGUGUCCCAAGUCAUAUCGUAAACGUAAAUCAUUACUGGAUCAUUAUAAAAUACAUCCGGGUUACUGUCAUGACUGUGGUAAACCCAAUGGUACCUCAUUAGAGGAAAUAAUACAUCACAAUCGUACAGUACAUGCUAAGGAAUUUCCAUUUGUCUGUGAAACGUGUGGUGAAUCGUAUUCACGGCGUCAACAGUUUCAUGCCCAUGUUGAAUCUCACAACAAGAAGGAAUUCAAAAAUAUUGUUUCUGUUUCACUAGCUUAUUCCUGUAUCGAAUGUGGCCAAAAGUUCCCCCACAAGAAACUACAUCAACAGCAUUUGGAUGAUACUGGUCACAAGGCUGACGGUGCUAUUUGUGAAGUCUGUGGUGAUGAGUUCGCAUCCAAAAAUGCCUUGUAUCAGCAUAUCAUACGUGUUCACAAAAAGGAUAACUUUUUCGAAUGUCACAUUUGUCAGAAUCGCUUUACGCUCAAGGCGAAUUUGGAACGUCAUGUACAAUUGCACACGGAAAUAAAACGAACAUAUGUUUGUGAUUUGUGCGGUUCUUCCUAUUUUACAUAUCCAGCUUUAAAAGAUCAUUAUAGUAAUGCUCAUACCGAUGCCUCCGAGUGCAAAUGUACAUUGUGUGGCAAACGUUUUGGUUCGGUGAAAUCGCUGCAACGUCAUUUGCCAUCACAUUCGGAGGAGAGGCCACACUGUUGUUGUUAUUGUGAUCAGACUUUCAAAUGGAAAACUCAUCUAGUGCGUCACAAGCAAACGGUACAUGGCAAUCAACCAUCGCCCAAAAAAGUAAAACGCUUCUCGAAAGAAGGAGAUGAGUUAGUCCCACUAGCUGAUGAGCCUGGGCCUCCCCCGGCUAAAGUUGCUAAAAAAUCGAAUGCUAGUAAACCAAAACAGCAAACGACUCCCACUCCACCAAUCCAACAGCAGCAGCAACAACAAAAGAUGGGUGCUAUAGCUACGCCGCCACCUCUUUCCACUACACCGGGCACAUCAUCAUCAUCACAGCAAGAUCCCUUCAAUGCUGCCAUCAUAUCGAACAAUAGUUCUCAGUCUUCAACAGCCUCAACAUCACAGCACUCACUGCAGUCUAGUGAAUCCCAACCGAAUUCCAUGUACAGUCAAAACUUCAGUGCUGAAAAGUUGCUAGGACAACAUACACAACAGCAGCCGCAACAGCCACCACAACAACAACAGAUACUGACUGCACAUAAUGCACAACCGCAGUCACACCCGCUUCCACAGCAGCAAAGACCAACACCACCUCCCCAUUCACAUGCACAGCAACAGCCACCACAACAACCACCACCACAACAGCAACAACAACAGCCACCACCACCACAUCAUCGUCACACGCCCAAUAGUCAUACACCCGAUAAUAAUUUGCCACGUAUUAAUAGUUUUGGGGGUGGUGGACCCUCACAGCCUGAGACACAAUUUCAUUUUGAGCAAAGUGCCGCUGGCGGCCAAACUUCGAAUAUAACAAAUCCAGGUGCUUAUCCACAACAUCAAAUUAUCAAUCAGUAUCAGCAGCAACAUCAUCAACAGUUGCAACAGCAAGCUGCUCAACAGCAACAUAUGCGUAGUCAUACACCACAAAGUCCACAUCAUCAUGUACAGCAUCAACAACAUUUUCCAUCACCACAUCAGCAACACAUGCAGAGUGCUGCUGCUGCUGCUCAACAGCAUCAACAACAAUUGCACCAUCAUCAGCAAAUGAUGCAUCAACAACAAUUGCAACAGCAACAACACCAACAACAACAGCAGCCCCAUCAAAGGCAACAUAAUCAGCAACGUUCACCACAUCCUCACCAAACACCAACACAACAAUUACAGCAGCAACAUCAACAACCCAUGCAUUCACCACAACAUGUGCGUUUGCAAUCACCAGCUCCCCAAGCUCAUACCCCACAACCUCAUACACCACAACCGCAACAACAACAACCAACCGCACCACAACAACAGCAGCAACAACAACCUCAACAACAACAGCCAGCAUCAGUUGCUGCAAAUCAUCAGCAACAACAAUAUACUACUGAUGCUUGGGGUAAUAUUAAUUUUGUUGGUCAUCCCUCGAAUGCCAGUAAUCAUCAGCAGCAACAACAACAACAGCAGCAGCAACAAAAUAAUGCAACAAAUUUGCCAGGUGAUAAAGACAAUCCCAAUAAAUUCUAUAUUGUUGAUUCUUCAGAGUUUCUGGGUCUUCCAAUGAAUGUCGCUGGCGGCAAUACACCAGGUGUGGCAGAAACCAACCAACAAUUAACUAAUGCUCAGCAACAACAACAGCAGCAGCAAACACCCAUGGUUGCUAAUAAACCUCCCCAACAGCAGCAGCAACAACAACAAGAGCCAAAUAUUGGCGGUGAUCUAAUGAGUUUUCAGAACAUGUGGCCACAAGCAAAUCAGCCUACUAAUCAAAUGGCCUACAGUGCAAAUGGUGCCCAACAACAGCAACAACAACAGCAGCAACAACAGCAACAGCCUCAAACCCAACAACAAGGUGCUUCCCAACAACCUACACCCACUGUGGCAAGUGUGGCUACCACAGAUCCUCAUAACUACAACAAUAUCGGCAGUAUUUUAACGAAUCUCAUUGAUAAUAAUCCAAAUCCCAUGGAAUAUAAUUUCGAAUUAAUGCAACAACAACAGCAGGCUUCAGGUGGAAGUGGUACAGCAACACCAGUGGGAGCGCAACAAGCACAACAACAGCAAUCGCAACAAACACCAUUGGGGGUACAGCAUCACCAACAGCAGCAACAUCAACCUUCUGCUGUGGCAGCCGCGGCAUAUGGUUUACAGCCUACACCAGGAGCCAGUGGUCUAAUACGUCAUGCUGGUGUUUAUGGGGCUCCUUCUUCUCUAUACGAUCCUCACCAUCAUCCGGCUCAUCAUCCUUCCACAUUGGCCGAAAUGAAUGAACAGCAAAAGAAUAGUUUCCAGCCCUAUCAUCCACAUGCGGGGUUACAGCCACAUGCUCAUGCCUUAGGGGGCCAUCCCUUAGCGCCUACUGCUCAUCAUCCGUUGGCGGCUGCUUCACAUCUUUUACCACCUCCCCCACCCCAUGCCGGACAUCAUGUUUAUGAUCGUGGUGGUUACCCUGUCUUGGGCGGUGGAGUUGAUGAAGCUAAAGCCGUUCUACCACCUAUUAGCGAUUAUAUGCAUCACAUGCAGCAGCAACAUGUACAACAACCCGAUUUAUUGUAUUAUCCGGUGAAGAAUGACUGA